AUGCCGCCACGAACGAGUGCUCAGACUGCUAGCGCGGAAACGCACUGGAAGAACAUAUCGUCAAAUAAUGGAACUCCACAAGAUCAAGAUAAAUCACCUGCUUAUACUUUACCAGGAGUGAUUAACUACUUGACAUCCGAGUUUACGGACUUGGAAAGGUUCAAGAUUAUGACAAACUUGGAAAAAUCAGAGAUGAAGCACAAGAUUGCUUAUUUGCAAGGAGAGCUUACUUCUUUGAAAUUCAUCAACCAAAAACAACAAACAAGAAUAGAGCAUUUGGAAAGGGAAAAUAAGCUAUUGAGGGCGAAUAUUAAUGGGGAGCAUUUCAAUAAACCAGAAUAUGAUGAUGAUGAUGAUGACGGUGAGCUGAAACGUUUGUCGCAUUUGUUGCCAGAAGUCGACGUGCAGCAGAUUAAGCAGUCGAAACAAAGGUUGAAGGAUUCUACAAACGAGAUAAUAUCGUUGCUAAGAACUCCGACUUCUAAUCUCAGAUAUCUCAACCUACCAGAAGGAAACGGAAACGAAUUUGAGCCACUAAUGAACAACGAAGACUCAAAACCAAGUGGCCAAGGGCAUCCAAGUAAUGUGAUAUCUCGAUUUUUCAACGAUGAUAAUGAGAUUCUAGAAGAAACAAAACUGCAAGAUACUAAAGAGUUUAUACACAGUGAUGAUGUAGACAUCGACGAAGUAUUGGAGCGCGCAUUAUCCAAUGAAAGUGACGCAGUUACUGUUAUUGUUGAUGAAGAAGAGGAGCCAGAACAAACAUCAAAACAAAACCCAAAACUGGAACAAGAACAAGAACAGAACCCAGAAACAGAACAAGAACAAGAACAGAACCCAGCAACAGAACAAGAACAAGAACAGAACCCAGCAACAGAACAAGAACAAGAACAGAACCCAGCAACAGAACAAGAACAAGAACAGAACCCAGCAACAGAACAAGAACAAGAACAGAACCCAGCAACAGAACAAGAACAAGAACAGAACCCAGCAACAGAACCACAACUAAAAUCAGAACAAAAAUCAGAACAAAAAUCAGAACUAAAAUCAGAACAAAAAUUAGAACUAAAAUCAGAACAAAAAUUAGAACUAAAAUCAGAACCAGAAAUCAAAGUACAGGAAACAACCUUGACAAAUUCAGGGCCAAGCUUAUCAGAUCAAAGAAAAGAAUUAGCACAUUAUGAUGAUGAGGAGGAAAAGGAAAAGGAAAAGGAAUUGAAGGAGGAGGAGGAGGAGGAGGAGGAGGAGGAGGAGGAGGAGGAAUUUGAUAGCUCAAGUGUUUUUGACCAUGAUAACUCAACAAUCCACCUAAGCCUGUCUUCAAACCGCGAAACUGUUAAAUUAUCGGUGUUUGCCAAAGCCAAAAAUGAAACCACCUUGAUUAAAUAUGUCUCUCUAUUCAACCGCAAGCUGAUAAUCGACGUGUUUAGUUUAUCAAGUGACAGCUUUGUAUUUGUUGAGAAAGGUGGCGAAAUCAAGCUUUUGACUUUUGAAGGAGACAAAGAUAAAGAGCAAGUCUUGUUUAACGUUAAAAACCACUUUCCAGAAAUCAGCAAAAGUGCUGUUAUCAAAUUUGAACCUGAAUCCAAGGAUACGUUAGAAGACCUGGUUUAUGGCUUGGCACUUGUUGGACGUGCCAACGGGUCCAAGUCUUUGUUGACUAAAAUCUAUCAAAUAUCGCAUAAUAAAAAGACAAAUCUCACUUUGUACAAGGAAGUUGCCAGUUACAACAAGAAAUUCAUAACCAAGAACUACAAGAACAUCAAUGAAAUAUCAUUUAUUGGCUGGCAUGUGAAUAAAAGUCAACAUCUAUCACACACAAACAAAAAUUCAAAAGCAGCCUCAAAGAGUCUGGAGAAUGGCAUAAACUUAUCAGCAUACGAAGUGUUGUAUAAAGUGGACGAUAUGAAAGUGCUGAUAAACCUCGCGCUGAGACAAGUUAUGCCAUACAAUGAGAACUCUUGA